UUCAAAUAUUUAUUUACAUGGUACUCCUCCCCCUCUCUCUAUAUUUUCCGAUAAAUUGAGAAUAUUCAUUGGAAUAAGUUUCAGCAUGCGAUGUGCACGAAAACAAAUUAUCAGAACCCCCAUCGAAACGAAUCGUAGGGCGUCAUGGAAAGAGCUUUGUUACCGAAAAUUUAUCCCGCAAUCCUUGAUAGUCGCCAUUCUCUAGUGUUGGGUUCCCCUUCUUUGCCCAUUCAUCCCUACCCAAUUCAUCUUUCUCGAAUCUUACAUGCUCGUUUAGCAGAUUCAUGGAAGCAUAUAAACGCUAUUUCCCAUUCCAAGACGAAGAUUGUGUGCCUGUUUGGGAAUAAAGGAGGAAAUGAUAAGGAGGCUGCCAUCAGAGCUCUACAAAGUGCCCUUGGAGGGAAGAAGGAUGCAUUUAAUAGAUGGGAUGAAGAAAUUAAGAAGAGGGAGGAGGCAGCUGGAGGCAGAGGUGGAAACAGUGGGGGAGGAUGGUUCGGGGGUGGAGGUUGGUUUGGUGGCUUUGGAAAUGAGGAUUCCUGGAAGGAAAUUCAGCAAGCAAUCUAUGCAGUGGGUGGGUUGGUUCUUAUGUAUCUUCUGCUUGUCAAAGGAGAGGCCAUGAUCUCAGUUGUAUUGAAUGCCAUGGUGUUUCUGUUACGUGGACCUAGAGAUGUUUUCAGGUCCAUUACUACGGGUGAAUUCAAAUUGGAACCUGCACCAAACUCUGAUGAUGAAUCUAGCUUCAAAGGUGUAGAUGCCACACCUAGUUCUGCACAAGCUGAUGUGAUCAGGAAGUCAGGGCGAGAUAUACUCUCAGUUGUAUUGAACUCCAUAGUGUUACUGUUACGUAGACCUAGAAAUGUUUUCAGGUCCAUUACUACAGGUAAAUUCAAAAUGGCACCUGCACCAAACUCUGGUGAUGAAUCUCGAUUAAAAGGUGUAAAUGAUACACCUGGUUCUGCACAAGCUAAUGUGAUCAAAAAGUGGGGGCGAGAUUGAUAUUAGCAGCUGAUGAUUGUCUGUUAUUAAUUCAAGGAAGAUUGCUAUGUAUAGAAGUAUUCUGUUUGGAGCUCAUUUACCUCUACUGUGCUCAGCCUUCAAACUUAUCAUAGUAAUUUAUAGUAGGAUAUAACAGGCAUGCUGUAAUUUAGGCGAUGCAUUUUUUUUAUUGCUCCUAAAUUACGAAAAGGAUGAGUGAAUGGAAAUCAACAAAAGAAUGGUUGAACCUCUAGCACUGCAGAAGUUCAUAGUUUUCCUUGUAUGUGAAGAGGGAUGAUUUAUGUCUGAGAAGUCUCUAUCUGUAUUCUUGCGCAAGGCAGAUAGUUUUGCUAUAUAAAAUGGAAUAUUAAAGUGCCCUUUACAAAA